GUCAUCACAGUUUUUGCAGACGAACUUUUAGAUUGAAGAUCUGCAGGAUCAGAACUAAACGAGAACGAAGCAGAACCAGGACUCGGAGAUGGACCGGGAUCAGAACCAGGACUCGGAGAUGGACCGGGAUCAGAACCAGGACUCGGAGAUGGACCGGGAUCAGAACCAGGACUCGGAGAUGGACCGGGAUCAGAACCAGGACUCGGAGAUGGACCGGGAUCAGAACCAGGACUCGGAGAUGGACCGGGAUCAGAACCAGGACCAGGAGUCCAGCAUCAGGACCAAAGCGGGAUCUUCCUCUGCUGGUCUGCAGAAACAUAAAGGCAAAGAGAGACCCACAAGUUAUCGCUGUGAUCACUGCAAGAAAGUCCUCACCACUUCAUCAGGUCUGAGAAAACAUAAGAUGAUUCACACUGGAGAUAAACCGUUCACUUGUGAUCAGUGUGGAGCAGCUUUUACCCAACAAAGUAAUCUAAGGACUCACCAACGUAUUCACACUGGAGAUAAACCGUUCACUUGUGAUCAGUGUGGAGCAGCUUUUACCCAACAAGGUACUCUAAGGACUCACCAACGUAUUCACACUGGAGAUAAACCGUUCACUUGUGAUCAGUGUGGAGCAUCUUUUACUGAUUCAAGUAAUUUAAGGAAUCACAAACGUGUUCACACUGGAGAUAAACCGUUUAGGUGUGAUCAGUGUGGAGCAGCUUUUACUGAGUCAGGACAGCUAAAGAGACACCAACGCAUUCACACUGGAGAUAAACCGUUUAGGUGUGAUCAGUGUGGAGCAGCUUUUACCCAACAAAGUCAUCUAAGGACUCACCAACGUAUUCACACUGGAGAUAAACCGUUUAGAUGUGAACAGUGUGGGGCAGCUUUUACCACAUCAAGUUAUCUAAAGAUUCACCAACGUAUUCACACUGGAGAUAAACCGUUCACUUGUGAUCAGUGUGGAGCAGCUUUUACCAAACAAAGUCAUCUAAUUAGGCACCAACGUAUUCACACUGGACAUAAACCGUUCAGAUGUGAUCAGUGUGUAGCAGCUUUUACUGAGUCAAGUAGUUUAAGGACUCACCAACGUAUUCACACUGGAGAUAAACCGUUCACUUGUGAUCAGUGUGGAGCAGCUUUUACCAAACAAAGUCAUCUAAUUAGGCACCAACGUAUUCACACUGGAGAUAAACCGUUCACUUGUGAUCAGUGUGGAGCAGCUUUUACCCAACAAAGUCAUCUAAGGACUCACCAACGUAUUCACACUGGAGAAAAACCGUUCAGAUGUGAUCAGUGUGGAGCAGCUUUUACCACAUCAGGUAGUCUGAUAAUUCACCAACGUAUUCACACUGGAGAUAAACCCUUCAGAUGUGUACAGUGUGGAGCAGCUUUUUCCAGACUAGAUAGUCUAAGGACUCACCAACGUAUUCACACUGGAGAUAAACCGUUCAGAUGUGAUCAGUGUGGAGCAGCUUUUACUGAAUCAGGAAAGCUAAAGAUUCACCAACGUGUUCACACUGGAGAUAAACCGUUCAGAUGUGAUCAGUGUGAGGCAGCUUUUACCACAUCAAGUUAUCUAAAUAUUCACCAACGUACUCACACUGGAGAUAAACCGUUUAUGUGUGAUCAGUGUGAGGCAGCUUUUACCACAUCAAGUCAGCUAAAGAGACACCAACGUACUCACACGAGUGAUAAACUCUAAAGAUGUGAUCAGUGUGAAGUGUGGAAUUGCAAAAAACACCUCAGCACAGCAAAAAAAAAAAAGCAAAAUAAUCAGACAUCAUCAUACCAAAACUUGAAAGACUAUCAUAUGAUGCCCCCUGGACACCUCCUGGGAAGGUGUUCCUGGCAUGUCCCACCAGGAGAAGAUCCAGGACACACCGGAGGGAAUGUCUUUUGGCUGACCUGGGAACGUCUCUGGAUCCCUCCAGAAGAGCUGGAGGAAAUGUGUGGGGUGAGGGAAGUCUGGACAUCUCUGCUCAGACUGCUGCCCCCGAUAACCAGUCCCACAUCAAGUGGAUGAAGAUGGAUGGAUGGACAAAAUCCAUAUAUCUGCAAAAAGCACAACUUUAUUGUAACACCAUACUGAGAUACAGAAUGUAAUCUAACUAUAGCAUUAACUAUUCCUUAAAUACUGCAUUAGCGCAUCUCUAACAUCUCUGCCUUCCUCCUCUCCACCCCGAGCCACUGCCACCACUGGCAAAGUGGUGCUGCUGCAGGUACAUCCUAGGAUGUUUCUUACGUCUUUCCAUGACUUUCACACAGAUUAUGCAGUGGACAGGAAGUCAUCACCAUUCAUUUCACCAGUCGGACAUCACAGAAGGCAACCUGCUGAAUUCAUCUUCCACAACCACUCGUGGUCCGUUGACUUUGUGCUUAAACACAGACUGUUCUGCUGU